CGGGCAGCGAUGGCGGCAGUGGCGGGCGGCGGGGCCCGGCCCGCGGUGGUGCUGGGCGCAAUGGAGAUGGGCCGGCGAGCCGGGCCCGAGGCGAGCGCUGAGCUGCUCCGCGCCUUCCUGCGUCGCCGGUACCGCCUCGUCGACACUGCCUUCAUGUACGCGGGCGGAGAGUCCGAGCGCAUCCUGGGCACGCUGCUGGCCGGCGGCACCGAGCCCGUGGAAGUGGCCACCAAGGCCAACCCGUGGGACGGGAAGACGCUGAAGGCGGAGAGCGUGCGCUCCCAGCUGGACACGUCCCUGGAGAGGCUGCAGAGGACGAGUGUGGAGCUCUUCUACCUCCACGCUCCUGACCACGGCACCCCGGUGGAGGAAACCCUGCGUGCCUGCAACGAGCUGCACAAAGAGGGGAAGUUUAAAGAGCUUGGCCUGUCAAACUACGCCUCAUGGGAGGUGGCAGAAAUCUGCACCAUCUGCAAGUACAACAACUGGGUGAUGCCAACUGUGUACCAGGGAAUGUACAACGCGACCACGCGCCAGGUGGAGGCCGAGCUGUUCCCCUGCCUCAGGCACUUCGGGCUGCGCUUCUACGCCUACAACCCGCUGGCAGGGGGGCUGCUGACCGGCAAGUACAAGUACGAGGACAAGGACACGCGCCAGCCCACCGGCAGGUUUUUUGGGAAUGACUGGGCUCAGGCCUACAGGGACAGGUACUGGAAAAAACACAAUUUUGAGGGAAUUGCACUGGUAGAAAAAGCUCUGAAAGAGGCUUAUGGCUCCACUGCACCCAGCCUGGCCUCUGCUGCUCUGCGCUGGCUCUACCACCACUCCAAACUGCAGGGCUCUCUCGGAGAUGCAGUGAUCAUUGGCAUGUCCAACAUGGAGCAGCUGGAGCAGAACCUCAACUACAGCGAGGAGGGGCCCCUGCUGCCGGCCGUGGUGCAGGCGUUUGACCAGGCCUGGAACCUGAGCGCCCACGACUGCCCCAACUACUUCCGCUAGGGAGGGAGGGAGGCACGCCUGGCACAGGCUCAGGACAGGUCCUGCCCACCCUGCCCUCCCACCCACGGCUGGAGGGCUCUGGGGGUUUCCUGAAUCAGUGAAGCUUUGUAGGAUCCACGCCCGUGCCUUUUCCCUGCCAGCCCCUCACUCAGCUCCCCCAGCACAGCCCGUGAUUCAGGAUGCAGCUGAUCAGGAAAAUGAACAUCAGAACGAGGUGAAGCCCCUGUUCUGCUUUAAUGUGAAAUCUUAAAUGAUUACAUAGAAGAAUAAAAUCUCUUUCUAGUGCAGAGCCCAUGUCUGACCUGUGCCUGGAACAUGGCAUCUCUUUGGCAGCACUUGGGGACUUUGAAUCACAGAAUAUCAGGAUGGAUUGGGUUGGACAGUCCUUAAAUCCCAUCUUGUUCCACCCCCACACCUUCCACUAUCCCAGGGUGCUCCAAGCCCACCCAGCCUGGCCUUGGGCACUGCCAGGGAUAAGGCAAAAUUCCAAGGGUUGAGCUAAGGAUCUUCUUCUGUCUCAGAAUAACAAACCUCAGCAUCUUUCCCUUUGUGCUCUAUCAAAAUUCCAUUUCAUUUAC